AAUCCACGUAUUCAGUCAUUCCUCGCGUAUGGUUUGAAUUCGUAUUUGCUCGAGCGAGAAAUAAUUACGUAUUAUCGGUAGACGAUGAGCUUGCCUGCGUUAUCUCUACCUACGUAGCCUAUAUUUUCUUUUUCGCGAACACCGUCGGCAUCAGCUAUAAGAACGCGAGAAUACAGGAAAUUUUGGCAAAAGUAGCUAUUUUAUUAUCUUAAAAUAUAUUACGAGAUUUCGUAACCGAACUAUUUUUAUGUCGGCGGCUAUAAGGUGUUUAUUGUAUUAGUAUUUUGCAUGGUCAUCGUCAUCGUUUGUGUGUGUUUGUUUUUUCGCGAUUUUACGAUAAUAAUACAGCGACGAUGAUGUAUAACUUCGGAAAAUGGGAAAAAAUUCGGCGACGAUUGACGUGAAAAUCUUUGAAAGUGUCACUCUAUGUGGACGACCAAUCACAGUCGACCUUUUAGUAGCUCAUACAUUUUUCGAUACGUUCGAGUGGCCGAGUUAUCAGCAGUGAAUUGAAUUCGAAUGCAUACUACGUUUAGCUGAAUUUAAUUUCGCGUGUAAUCGUGUUCGAUGUACUCGUCUCGUACGUAAUUGUAAUUGUGUUGUGUAUAGACGAUUAUAUAAUUUUUUCUGUUUUCUUUGCCGUCUCUAUUCGAAUGAAAAAUUGACUUGUUUGUUUACGAGAUGGAGCUGUGACGAAAGAUUUUAAAUAAUAUUAUCGUGUGUUCACGAAACUAUACAAAAUAAUGGAGACCCCAACGAUAGAAGGAGCUCACCCGAUACCAAUCGUGAUAUCGGAAGAACAGCAUAUGUUUUCAUUGGACGAAGAAGCUUUGGAAGAUAUUUUGCUCCAGGAUCACAUCAAAGAUUGCAAUGCUGUUGUCGUAUCGGUUGCAGGAGCCUUUCGUAAAGGAAAAUCAUUCCUGUUGGAUUUCUUUCUGCGAUAUAUGAAUUACAUGUACAUGUCCGACAAAAAACCGACUGGAAGUUGGUUAGGGGAUGAAAACAGUCCGUUAGAUGGAUUCUCGUGGAGAGGCGGAUCAGAACGUGACACGACUGGUAUAUUGAUGUGGUCCGAAGUGUUCUGUACGACUUUGCCCAACGGCGAAAAAGUGGCGGUUAUUCUGCUCGAUACUCAAGGAACGUUCGACAGCGAAAGCACGGUCCGAGAUUGCGCCACGGUAUUCGCUCUAAGCACAAUGUUGAGCUCAAUUCAAAUUUAUAACUUGUCACAAAAUAUACAAGAAGAUGAUCUGCAGCAUUUACAAUUGUUCACCGAAUACGGACGUUUAGCUUUAGAAGAUACCGGUAAUAAACCAUUCCAGAAACUACAAUUCCUCGUAAGAGAUUGGAGUUUCCCUUACGAGGCCAACUAUGGAUCAGAUGGCGGUCAAGAAAUAUUAGAUAAGCGAUUGAAAAUUUCAGAUAAACAACAUCCAGAGCUGCAGUCUCUGAGGAAACAUAUUAAAUCAUGUUUCACCGAUAUCGAGUGCUUUUUGCUGCCCCAUCCUGGCCUAAAAGUCGCCACGAAUCCUAAAUUCGACGGCAGAUUAGCUGAUAUCGAAGGAGAAUUUAAAGCUUGUUUAGAACAGCUUGUACCUCUAUUGCUCUCUCCGCAAAACUUAGUCCAAAAGGAAAUCGGCGGCCAGAGAGUCAAAGUUAAAGAAUUAGUGCAAUAUUUCAAAUGCUACAUGAAUCUGUUCAGCGGCGACGAUCUUCCUGAACCGAAAUCUAUGCUAGUGGCUACUGCUGAAGCCAAUAACUUAUCAGCCGUCGCAGCUGCGAAAGAAACGUAUCAUCAGCUCAUGGAGUCAGUCUGCGGUGGCCCUAAACCAUACCUGAGCUCAGAUCAGUUAGAAUUGGAACAUAUUAGAUGUCGAGAAAAAGCCCUAGAACAGUUCAGAAUAAAACGUAAAAUGGGCGGCGACGAAUUUUCCGAAUCGUACAGGUCGAAAUUGGAGCAGGACAUAGAUACCGAUUAUAAUCAAUUCAAAGCUCACAACGAGAGCAAAAACAUCUUCAAAGCAGCCCGAACACCUGCGGUCAUUGUAGCUAUCAUUAUUUUAUUCUAUGUGCUCUCGGGUAUCUUCGGAUUAGUCGGCUUAUACGCUGUUGCCAAUAUUGCAAAUCUCAUCAUGGGAGUGGCUAUUUUAACCUUGGCAACAUGGGCAUACAUAAGAUAUAGCGGCGAAAUCAGAGAUAUCGGAGAGAUCAUCGAUCAUGCAGCCACAAUGGUGUGGGAAGUUGUCAUGAAACCAGUUUAUCAAGUAUUCGUUGAAAAAAGUCUACAGCACGCGGCUAAAGAAGCUACGAAAAUCAUGAUACGACAGAAUUCUCAAAUAAAUGGUAAAAUAAGCUCGUGAUUUAAUCAAAGCAAUAUUUGUAUUUCUUUUUUUUUUCGAUAUUUUUGUGAUAUUACUGUAUUUUGUCUCUUUUUUUUUUGUAUAUUUCUCCCUCAAAAUUAUUCACUCGUUAUAAAUUUCAUCUCUCGCUCCUAUUUCUUUCUCCCUUUUUUUUUAAUUGUACAAUAUUUUCGUUAAUUUUAACAUUUUUUUCAUCGUUUUUAAAAAAAAAAUAAUAUCUUUUAUAACGGUACCGUGUGUAAAAUACAUUCAGCGUAUAUUUGCUUUUACAAUACGUACGAAGAAAAAAAUUCAUUUGGAAUGAUAAUCGACGCGUCCUGUUUUAUUGUUUUUCAAGCUUUUUCUCUUUUUUUGAAUCAUUUAUUUAUGUGUACUCGCAGUGUUUGAAUUUUUUUCCUUUUUUAAAAAAAGAAAACUCGAAUAACAUCCAAGUUUUAUAAGUUUUAAUGUUUAUUCUGGUAUAUUGUGACUUUUAUUUCGUUUUUUUUCUCGGUUGUUAGUUUAUGUGUUUAAGAAAUUAAUGGUACAAAUAAAAAUUUUAAUUCCCCCCUGAUGUCUGUCGUACCCGUCUUUAUUGUAGGCUUUAUAUAUACUUUAUAAUGGUUUCUGUGUUCAAGGAUGUGUAUAUUGAUUAAAAUUGUUGAAUUUUUCAAGUAUCAA